AUGCAAGCACCAAUCUUGCCUCCACGAACAGAGCAAGUCCUCGCACCGCUUCUGGCUUCCCUCCCAGCAGCAACAAUCUCGCCGUCACCACCAACAGCCCUGCUCCCAAUCCUGUCUCCGAUCCUACGCCAAAGGGUACAAAUACUUUCCUCGACUGCCUCCGAGCCCUGGCUCCCACUCCUUUGCUACGACAGCGCCAACGCCUCGAAACUCGAGUCAGUCGUCAAGCACGAAGCUUUCGAACCACAUCCUGUGUCUGGAGAGGUAGAGCUCGACUGGGACAGCGUGCUGUCAAGAUAUCAGCGUAUCGACGAGGAGACACUACAAUGUCUAAUCUCAAUACCGGAUAUCGAGCUGGGCGUCAAGCUGAUAUGGUGUGUGAAUGACGAGAUGGGUGGCGGAGACGGCUGGAGGAUUGGAGAAGUUAGUGUUCUGGACAACGAGAGUAGAGAGAGAUGGGGACAGAGUAGCAUUCCAGACGCCGAGCGCGCAUUUGAGAGUACGCAGAAACAGAACCACUCUCAAAGUACGAAUGGUACAAACAGCCUCCUUACACCCGAAGCGGAAGAAGAGGAGGAUGAUGACGACUACUGGGCUCAAUACGACAACACUCCCGCGCAAACACCAGCGCCUAAACACUCACCCGCUCCACACACCAUGGCUGUAGACGGGCAGGCUGGAGAGCCACAGUCGGCAGAAGAAGAAGCGUCGUAUUACGCACAAUAUGCCUCAGUUCAACCUGCAAUGGAUAACCACGAUCCAGACGAAGCAGAGCAGAAUGGCGCUAUUGAGUCCUCAUUAGGCAAAGACGAGAUCACAACAGAGCUACAACAACAGCUUUCACACCAGCACACACAUCCAGAACUACACGACACAUCAGCCGCAUGGUCGGAAGGCCACCCUGACGACCCAGCAUUCUACCACAACAGAAAUGCCUCACAAUCCCCCCACGAAAUCGAGGGUCUCGCUCACCCCAGACCAGGAAGUAGUACCGGCAGCAGCGGCAGCGACACGGUAGCCAAACUCGAGAAGAGAGCUUUGGACCAUGCGGUGAGAGAGCAAAGCGAGGUGGGCAUCAAGCAGCAUAUUGGAACCAGUAUCAAGAGUCUGUACCGCCUGGCGAGGGUAGCGGGGAUUGAGAGAGGGGAGUUUGAGAGGAUCGUUAAGACCGAGCUGGAGUGUUUAGCUCUGAUGGACGAGGACGAUGACUAG